AUCAACACAAGUUUGGUCGUCGUGAACCCAUCCUGCCCGCUGUACAUGCUGAGGAUGCUGUUCUCGACAAGUACCCGUGGCAUGUCGCAGGCGCCAUGAACGAGUCUUCGCAGGGAAGCUGCGGCAUUGACAAUGUCAAGUCUGGAUGAACUCACCGGACAAUCUAUCUCGAAGGACACUUCCUUCAAUUGGACAUGGCUUAUCGAAAUCGCGACCAGUGCCUGCCUGGCAGUGUUCUUCCUCUUCUACUUCAAUCGCCUGUUCGCGACCCUUGUCUCCUAUGGUCUGAGAGCAUGGACCUGGCACAAAUAUCGAGUAUGGAUUGAUAUUCAAGCCCUGCAACUAUCUUUCCUUGCCGGGCGGAUAUUCUUCAAGAACAUACGCUACCAUGGGGAGAACGAGACCGUCUUGAUCCACAGUGGGUAUAUUACCUGGAGGUACUGGCAACGAACUUCUCGUCAGAUCGAUCUUACUGCGCCGGACGACGCUGAUGGAGGCCAUCCCAAAGAGAAGCAAGAACCAAGUCUAGGCGACUCAGAGAGCGCCGCGUCUCCCGCCUCAGAUCAGGAACUCGGACGGGCAAAGAAAACGGACACGGCAGAGGCUCGAAUUGCAAUCAAUGUCUCCGGAUUGGAGUGGUUUGUCUAUAAUCGGACUCCAGUCUACGACGCCAUUAUUGGUGAUGCCACGAGCAAAGAUACGGACUCUGUAAUCGAUGGAGCCAGCUUCAGAACUACAGCAACACUGCCCGGGAAACUCCAUCAUCGCAAGGAUGCGAGAAGACAGCCAGGUGACGAGGAAGGUGCUAGUGACAGUUCGGCCGGGCUCUCCGCAAGAAAGGUCUCCCAGACGUUUAGCCGUGACGGCGAACCUGUGCCUAUCUCGAGAAUGAGAACAGACACCAGUCUCACAUCGAUUCAAUCUACAGAUGCAGCUGAUGUUCCCUCCUUCUAUUCCUUCAUCCUGAGAUUCUUGCCGAUCUCCGUCGAAGUCUCCAAAGGGGCUAUCAGUCUGGGCAAUGAAACAACAAGGGCUAUAGCCGUCUCUACGUUCGCGACAGCAACAGGACAUAUUGAUGCCGGUGCUGCUGCGCGCCCUUCAGAUAUAUAUCGGCAAGUCUUUGAUUUCGAGAUCGGGCAGCCGAAAGUGGAAAUGAAACCAAACCCCGACUUUCGAGGAUCUCAGCUUGCAGCAGCCGAGAGGAUUAUCUCUGCUGCAGAAUCGACAAGACCACCCCGGCGCUGGUGGCAACUGAACCUAGGCUUGGGACGUCGCAUAUCCAAAGCAAUUCGCCGUUUGAGACGGUUACUCCCGGGUUUUCGCAGCUCGAGAGGGUCUUUGCGUACUACUGCAUCUUUAGAUGAUGAGAAGAGACCGCACUAUUUGUACGAAGGGUUCCACGAGGACGAUCGAUCGUGGCACGGCCUUGGUCGCUACAUGGAUGAUGAUGAACGCGAUGACCACGAGGGUUGGUCGCAUGUGGACUACGCAAGAUUCUCACAAAUUUUGGAUUCGCCUGCAGUGCACUUGACAUUCUACUGGGAUAUGCCAGGCCAGAUUACAGAAGGACAAGCCACUUUAUCAUUAAAUUCGGGUAUCGAAGAUAUCAACCUCUCGACGCCUCCAGCGUAUGGUCUGGAUUUGACCGUAAGGGGUGGUUCUGUCAAUUACGGACCGUGGGCCGAUCGGCUGCGUAUCGAAGUUCAGUCAGCCUUCUUUCCGAACCCAUACCACUCAACGUCCCCAGCAAUGGCUCUCAAACCUGGGGAUGCACGACAGAAUACUGUGAUGACGAUCCGCGUGGACCUUGAGGAUGAGGUCAGCCUUCGAGUGCCGACGAGAGAACGCUCAAAGGAUUGGCAAUGGAGGGGUCGAGCGCAUGCCGUCAGGGAAGCUGCUGCAAUCCGGAAGCAACGUGAACGAAGGCACUUUCGUUUCCGAAGAUCUCACAAGAGCAAGCUCGGACCUGACACACGACCUUUCGGCUGGUUGACAGUAUGCGCCGGGAAAGAUUCCACUGUACGCUACGACAUGGAUAUGGUCGCACGAGAAGGAGGUUAUCGAAACUCCCUCAGACUUGAUCUGAAGAACACCAAAGCACUAUCGAGUGUAAAUCAUGCUCUUCUGUGGCGCUGUCGGUCGCAAAAGGUGUCAUGCGACCUGUCAAAUCCGCUGAUUUGGAACAGCCUUCAUACAUGGGCUUUCGACAUCGAAAACGAUGCCAUGGAGAUGUUUCUGUUAAGGGACCACAUGUUCCUCCUAACUGAUCUGAUCAGUGAUUUCACCGAGGGCCAGAAAGCCGACUACAUGACCUUCGUGCCUUUCCUCUAUCAAAUGCACCUGACGUUUCCAAACUUGAAGCUCUACCUCAAUGCAAAUGACUAUAAUAUCAUCGACAGCCCCUGUGAUCCCGAGGAGAAUACGUUCUUGACUCUUGGCUUCCAGCAGCUUGAUGGAAACGUCGACAUACCCAUGAAGUAUUUCUCACCACGCGAAAGCAGUGUCAAAUUUCUGGCUGAAGGCCACAAUGCUUUUCUGGAACUCAGAACCCCUACAUGGAACACACUGGACACGCUCGCUGAGGACACGACGAUGGCUACGCUGAAACGACUGGACCUUGAAGGCUCUUAUAACUACUAUCCUACUGUCUCACCCAGGUUGACUGACUCGCUCUUUAUGACCAUCACCGGCUAUGCUCCAAAAUUCUACCUACAUGGGUACCUGAUUCGGUAUUUCAUGAAUGUCAAGGAAAACUACUUUGGCGAGCACUUGCACUUCAGGACACUAGAAGAGUACCAGGAUAUGCUGGCAGGGAAUGAUGUCCACACUCCACGUCCCACGCUGAAGAAAGAGAACGACCUUGACGUUAUCCUGACUGUACGUGCGGACAAUUCAUCCGUGCUUUUGCCUGCCAACAUAUACUCUCAAAGAGAGAAUGUCCGCGUAGACAUUCUUCUCAUCGAAGCAGAUAUGCGUUUCACCAAUUACUAUAUGGACCUGCAGGUUAGUUCAAGUCCUCUCGAAACAUCGAUCGAGGGGAUAACCAAGACCGAAACUGGGAUAUCUGAAGACAUUACUAAUUGUCAACUCUUUAUCGACGGUAUUGAAGUGUAUGGCCACCGCCUAUUCGGAGCCCCGCCUUCAGAGCCUACGUACGUCUGCAACUGGGACUUCAAAGUCGGACAAGCGACGGGAGAAGUGAACUCAAAAUUUGUCCGGACGCUUAUCAAUGCUAUCAUGGCGUUUGUCUACACCUUGGACGAUGACGAAAAUGCGCUUCCGGCACUCAACAACACUGUAGUUCACGACGUGACGUUUGUGCGAGCGACUGUUGCUGGAGUGCGACUGUGGCUACUUACUGGCGGUACUGGAUUUUUGCUCGAGCUUUGCGAAUCUGAUGUAUCCUUUGGAGACUUGGCCAAUACAAGCUUUGCAAAGACUGUUCAAGCUCACGUUCCGCGGAUCCUGCUGGCGGCCGUUGAUCAUACAAGUGCUCUCCGCGGCCAUGGCAAGGCCUCGCAUAACAUUGAGACGUUUGCAUGCUUCGAAACAUCAGUUCGGGUUGGGUCCUUGGACAAAAGCGACAAUCUUUCACGUACUCGAGCCUUACAGCAACAGCAUGUUCGAUAUCACGAUCAGCGAACCCGUCGUUCCCAGUUUCUGCUCGUGGCUCAGAAGCAAUAUUCACCCAACCACAAAACACCAGAAUGGGCCCGUGAGCCUGCUGCAAUGCCAUUGCCGGCGAUGCCCGAACCUUCUGGCGGAGUCGUGAGCGCAAAUCUCACUGGGACGCGUGAUCGAUUUGGCCGCAGACGAGCUCCGGGCCACAAGAGCUCGUUCCUGUCCUCGGUGUCCUCCCAGUCGAGGCAAUCCUCCCUUCCACGGACUGAUUUGCUCCACGUGCCGAUGAGUGCUCCUGUUCCGGAGCACCCUCACACGAGUCGGCCAGAAUCUUCUGUGAAGGCUCCCACAGAGCACGCCCAAGGUAGGUUUGACGAUCAGAAUAACAGCUACAAAUCGCAUGAUGUGGACUCUCAUCCGGCACUAGUCACUUUCGCCAGUCCCUGGGCGCCUCCCCACUUUACGUUACAUGACGCUCACCCAGAUACGAGCAAUAUGCCGCAGAUAUCUCAUUCGGAGCUUGGUCAAGCAACGAAGCUUCUGUUACAUGACAGCAGCGAUGCGGCUGACCAGACCGAUGAGUUUGAAGAUACAGCUCACAACGGCGUUCUUUGUAUGGUCGAACAGGGCUUUACCGGCUUUUGCACUCCUGCCCUGUUCCUUAGCAUUGGCAGCCUGAUGCAAGAGCUCCAACAGGAUCAACCAAUAGACCAACUAGACAAAGUACAGAUCACGCUGAUGAAAAAGAUUCUAGAGAAUCAGCGACACGAUGAUCGAGGACAUAUCCUGGAUUUCGCGAUCCAGAUCCCAUUUGCUCAUGUACGCUUGAUAAACAGCCAGCGAGGUGGCGAAGAACCGCGGUCACCUUCGGUCGAUCAAUACGACGUAAAGAUUCUGGGCACUCAGGUUAUGUUCCGGUUCGCGCAUCCGCAUGUUGAGGCCAAGCACAACGGGCUCCCGAACUCGAGUCAACUCACAUACGGGUCUAUCGAACAAUUUUCUGUAUCUGUGAGAGACGACGCUUUCAAUACUGCAAAGCCGGCCGCACAGGCCGAAAUAUCCCUGUCAAAUUUCGGUUUCUGGCUAUGCUUGAAACAAGAAAUAAGCUCCAAAUUCCAGUUGAGCAACAUCGGAAUCAAUUUAGGGGCCGAACACUUGAUCAGUAUGGCUGGUUUGAUACAGAGAACAGUCUCGAUGGUCGAUCGUAUUGUGGAUACCUUUGCAAAUAUGGACGAAAGUUACAAGUCCAGGCAUCUGAUAUACCACUUGACACAAGCAGGGUCUUCGAUAUCCGAUCCUGUCUUUUUGACCAAGCCCUCCUAUGUCUUGAGGAGUGCUGAUAAGCACGUACGCUUAACCGACUCCUGGAAAAUCAUAUCUCGACUGAGGUUUAUCUACUUUACCUUAGAGAAGGAAAGCGCCUGCAAUUUCGUCGACAACUGUGGUUGCGAAGACUUGGAGCUGAAAGGGCCGGCCACGAAGCAAGUCUUACAGGCAUUCGAACAGUGGCGUGGCUGGGACUAUCGGCGUGACACAGUUCCUAUUAUGAGUACCCUGUUUGCAGGCCACGACAGUCAACCAUCAGAGACACCAACAAGCAGGCGUGCGAUGCAAGCCGAGAUCAUCAUUGGAAAGAUAGAUAUUAUCUUGGACCCAGGUCCGAGGCAGAGCGAUUUUACACUCCUGGGCUUGGACUUCAACAUCGUUAUCCGUCCUCCAAGUGCAUCGCCGGGCGUCGAAAAGAGCAAUGAGAAGAUUGUCCUUCAGGCCUACCUCGCAGACACAUCCUUGCAUCUUCACUGGGCGCUGGUGGAGCUGGCACGUCAGAUCAUUGAACUCGGCAAUCCUCUUGCAGUGUUGCCUUCAAAGACGAGUUCUCCUGUUGAAAUCAAGCUUGAGGAUACCCAACCAAGAAGACAAUUCACUGUCGUGGUGGGAUCUGAUGCAGCGUCCAUAUAUCUUACGACGGUGAAUCUCAAGCUCAAGUGGGCAUCCGAGAGUUUUCGAAGCGCCGUUUCCUUCGACGUUGGUGGUUCAAAACCAGCUAUAUCCUCUUUCACAAUUGCCGCAAACACGGGCUUAGCAAAGAUUAAGAGUCAUUCUCGGACUCUUUCUAUGUGGCGAUUGACCUCACCGAAAAUGCACGGUUCAGUCUGGCCACAAUCGCUUGAAGAUUCCCGAAGUCCGAGACAAGUUGUCCAGCUCUGUGCGGCAUCCCACCGUUUCCGGUUCCAGAUGAAAGAAGAUGUGGUGCGCGUGCUCGCAGUGGUAGACUCAAUCAUCGAAGACGAAGUGAGUGCUAUCAUUCGAUUGAUUGAUCAAAUCCCCACCGAGACAAAGAGCGACUCGAAGCAAAUUUCGAGCCAGAUAGAUGCCGAGGUUGAUCUGCAUGUGGCCAUGUUUCUGGACGACUACAGAUUGAGUUUCGCUGUUGUACCAUCCCUACACUAUGCAAUCGCCGGAAAGGUGGCCAGGGCUUCGAUCUUGCCACAGAUGAACGGCGGGCUUGACAUCAAUUUCGACAUCAAAGAGCACGAGCACUUGUUUGAAACACCCCACGAUGCAAGGCAGGGGAAACUGUGUAUCUUGAAGAUGCCUCCCGUUAAUGGUCGCCUCUCGGUCAGUCAGACCGAGCGUGUCGUCUCGGUGCAAGCUCGUGUGACUGCCGAGCAGAUUAACCUUGAAGCAGCCGGCAUUAGAGCUUGCUUUGAUGCCCUGAAUCAGCCAGGUGUGGUCCAGCUGAUACUUGAUGCCAAACGGGCGGUUCAAGACAUCCAAGCAUCGGUGAAUCAGCUGGAAAGAAGGAGAAAACCGGAACCCCGCAAGGUACAAUCAGCUGAUACAACCUUGUUGCUACGUUUCGCUGUCCAUGGCGCACUUGCCGGCAUCAAAAUUCAUACGAGUGCCCCGGCUGUCCGUGAAGAUCAGAAUUAUCGAGCGGAAAUGGAAUUGAAGCUAGAGCGAACCUCUGUAUUUGUCCACAACGAGACCACCAACCCAGACACAAUAUAUGAGCAACCACAAUUCAUCCUCAAUUCUCAAGGUGUCGGGCUUGGCAUCUAUCGAGCGACCGACUACGGGAAGACCAACGUCGGCAAGUGCAUGAUAGGCCUCAAAGCGUCAGGAAAGACUGACGAUGACGGGAGAGGCGGGAGAGUCCACGUCUACAGGGCAUGGAGUGACGGUAUAGCAAUCGAGCUCUUCGAAGAAACAGCGACUAUGGCAGUUGAUAUCGCAGCAUUCCUGCAGGAACGCAUCAAGUCGAUCAAACUUGCUGAAAAUCCUGAGAGCAUUCAACGACUUCGAAGAUUGACAACUGCUGGUAUCACCGACCGCUUAAAGCCAAAAGAACAAUUGGAGGCAAGCGUAGAAACCGCCUCGACUGUCGAAUCCGCCUCAUCGCAUCUUUACGGUUCCAUUUUUGCACUAAACCUGGACAACAUUCGCCUUCGAUGGAAUUUGACAAGGGGUGCCGUACUUACCGCACCUCGGGAGUUGCAUGAUCUGGUCUUUUCGAUCCGCAAAGUCGACCUGCAAACACGACAAGAAGGAACUGCUCGACUUACUAUCCUGGACACACAGCUGCAAAUCGUUCCUCGGGCUCAAUAUGAUAAUCCAACGCAGCGGACACCCAAUUCUGCUCUUCUUCCCGAAGUUGUGUUUGGGACAGCUUACCUUGCAACCAAACAUGAUCGUCGCUUUGCAUUCCAGGCGAAGGGCAAAGCUCUGGAUCUUCGCCUGUCGACCGAUUUUGUCAUCCCUGCCCACGCACUGCAAGACUCCGUUGCACAUGCUAGCGAGGAGCUACGCAAUGUGAAGAACAUUUACGAGACUAGUCCUCAAACGCCGCAAGCGGCCAAGAUCGACCUGUUGGGUGGGAAACGAUUGGCAUCCUUAUUGGUCGAUGCCGAUUUCGCAGGCGCUGUAGUUCACAUCACUCCUCGCGCCGAAACGCAACAUCCAACUUCGGCCUUCCGCUUCCUGAAAGGAAGUAAACGAUCCAAGGCAGGUCGAUAUGGGCAAGCUGUACAAGGUGAUAAUGUCUCUACUGCGAAGCUACAGGCUCCUGGUGUGGCUCUCAAAGUUGAGUACAAAGACAAUGGCUCUGAAGAUCCGUCUCUCAGCACUGAAGUCAGAGUGGCCGCGUCCUCUAACACAUUGUAUCCCACGGUGGUGCCGUUGAUCUUGGAAAUCUCAUCCAGCAUCAAGGAGAUCUUAGGUGAAGAUGAGACCGAGGAGACAGAAGCCAAAGCAGAACAAGGAUCCACGACGUAUCUUUCGGACGCAAGCAUCAGCAAUGCUAAUCCGACCGCCAUUUUGGGGCGCUGCAAACUCAAUGCCUGUCUCUACAUCCAACGGCAACAGUUUACUCUCAGUUGUCAGCCCAUUGCGAGGGUUGCAGCUACUGCUAGGUUUGCCGACAUCUUUGUCACGAUCAGUACGGUGUCGGCACCAGACCAAGAGCGCUUCUUCGCCAUAUUGACGACGUUCAACAAACUGGAGGCGUCUGUUCAACAUGUUUAUUCUCGAGAAUCAACCGCCAGCUUCGAAGUAGACUCGAUUGUCCUAUCGUUAAUGAACAGCAAGCAUGUCAGUACCACUACCGGCGUCUCGGCCGUUCUCAACGUCAGUCCGAUGAACACAGAUAUCAAUGCUAAGCAGCUGCAAGACUUCCUGCUCUUCCGUGAGAUAUGGUACCCUGCGGAGCUUCGAGCUCGAUCAAAGCCUGCUCCUGCUACUACCACACAAGAUCAGCAGGCAUAUGCAAUGCAACGAUAUCAAGAACUUUCUGCCAAAGGUACCUUGCCCUGGCAUGCGAUAAUAUCCAUGCAGGAACUGAAACUUGCGGUCGAUCUAGGCCAAGGGCUAGGCAAGUCGGUGUUCACAAUCUCAGGACUUUGGGCUUCUUCAAAGAAGAACAAUGAUUCGGAGCAAAAUCUCUGCAUUGGAUUGGACAGGAUUGGUAUUGACAGCACCGGGAGAAUGAGCGGAUUCAUUGAGCUGGAAAACAUGCGAGCUCGUACAUCAAUCACAUGGCCAGAAGAUGCUUCUGCAGAGAAACGUGCUCCGCUCGUACAGGCGUCGAUCCGUUUUGAGCAUUUUCGAGUCAAAGCCGCAUUCGACUACCAGCCAUUCGCAGUUGCCGAUAUCUCCUUCUUUGAGUUCUUGAUGUACAAUGUGCGUCAAGGCCAGGAAUUCGAUAGUGAUCGACUUGUGGGGAUUCUGAAUGGUGGGAAGGUGCAAGUCUUCUGCACUACAGGGACCGCAGCUCAAGGCUUUGCUCUUGUUCAAGCAUUCGAGAGGUUGAUACAAGAGAAACAAGAAGCUUACCAAACGUCCUUACUCGACCUGGACAAGUUCCUGCGGCGCAAGUCCGUCUUCCCGUCUAACAACUGGGUUACCCCAACGCCAGCACCGAAGGUCAAGGAUAAAAGUCUGACAAGAAGGACAUUUGAACUGCAUACAGAUGUCGUGGUGACCUUGGAGGAGGUUGAUAUCGGCGCGUUCCCCAACACCUUUUUUGACAACCAACUUUUAAAGGUGGAUGCCACCGAAGUACAGGCCAGAUUUGCUGUCGCAACCACCAACGGCAAGACUCAUAGCGGGUUAGGCAUGACCCUUGGUCAAUUAAGAGUGGCCCUGUCGAACGUUAAUCGCACGACGACGAAGGCACUGAGCGAGGUGUCGGUGCCAGACGUCAUUGACCGGGCAGUGUCAUCACGCGGCGGUACCAUUGUGAGGGUGCCUCGACUCGUUUCCUCCAUGGAGACGUGGCAAGUGCCGGAUACGAAUGUCAUCGAAUACGUCUUCCGCAGUACAUUCGAGGGCAAAGUGGACGUCGGUUGGAAUUACGCACGCAUUAGCUACAUCCGAGGCAUGUGGCAGACACAUUCCCGAGCGCUAGCUCAACGGCUCGGAAAGCCGUUGCCACCGUCGGCGAUCAAGGUCACGGCCGAACCACACGACGGGGAGACGGGUGGACAGGAGAAAAUCACGGCUGUGGUCAAUGUUCCGCAGUCAAAGUUCACCUAUGUUCCGCUGGAGCCCCCAAUCAUUGAUACGCCUCAGUUGCGUGACAUGGGUGAGGCGACGCCGCCGCUGGAGUGGAUUGGUCUGCACAGGGAUAAAUUGCCCGAGGCGACGCACUCGAUUGCCAUAAUUUCCUUGCUGGAGAUCGCGAGAGAGGUCGAGGACGCCUAUGCUAAGAUCUUGGGCGCAAGUUAAGAUUUUCAUUUUGGUUCUGGUGUGUUUGCAUAGCGAGGCGUUGGGAAGGAAAAUGUCUCGAAGGAUGAGCCAGCCUACAUACGUGCGGCACCAUGGUUCCAGAGAAUAAUUAUAGUAAUCUAAUAUUUCUGAACAUUCUCUUUUUCCUAUAUUCUUGUUUUCA